UUUUCCCUCCCUCGUCUUCUUUAUAAUUAUAAUAAGAAUUCCCCAAAACGAAACAAGUCUAUUUCCCUCUCUUCAGUCAAAUCUCCAUCAAACCCUCCCUCUCUCUCUCUAGAUUCUAGGAGGAUAGAGAGAUUCUCAUUUCUGAAACACAGUAAUGGCUUCUUCGACGUCACUCCGCCGAACCAAUUCGAAUCGAACUAACAACAUGGCCGUAGCAGGCGUAAAUACAGCAACAACUGCAUCUUCCGAAACCCUAAUCUCAAUUUCAGACAACAACAAAAAACCAACUGGAACUGGUAAAGAAAACCCUAGAUCAAUUUCUAGAACUAGAAAUUCAGUAAUUCCUCAAAAACCUAGACAACUUCCGAUUCCCGCGAUUGAGAAACCGACCAAGGAGUUCAAUGAUUCGAAAGUUCGGAGAUCAACUUCAUCAGUACCGAGAGGUAGGAGUUCCAGUCCAAAUGAUUUUACUAGGAUUUUAUCUGAUUUUCGUAAUAAUAAAGACAACAGAGAUCGAAUGCCAAGGGUUUCUGUUUCUGAUAAUCAUCGAUCUACUAACAAAACCCUAGAAAAUGUGGGUCGAAAUGAUAUUGUCGGGUAUGGUAAAGGUAAAGAUUUUUCUAGUUCUUCUAGGGUUCUGGAUAAAUUUCAACCUAAGAAAGCUAAUUUUUGUUCAAAUUUGAAAGAUAAUGAGAAGAGUAUGAGGCCAAAAGAUGGUGUGACUGAGAGUCUGAGUUCAAAUGUCAAGCCAGUUGAAAGGAGUUUUGAUGUGUUUAAGAGGUUAUCGAGUUCGAAAGGAGGGGAAGUAAAUUUAAGCUCGGGUUUGAUAAAAGUCGGGGGAAAGGUUGGGAAUUCUUCUGCAACGGAGGGUUUUAAGGAGAAAGGUAAUAUUGUUGUGAAUGCUGAAGACAAAUUGGAAGAAUCUAGAAUUGGUAUUUCUAGGGUUUUUGUGAGGUCUGGGAGCACUGGUUCUGUUGGUGUAAAUUUGAAGCCGCAAGGUUCAAAAGGUUGGAAUAGUUCCAAAUUUGUAGAUAGCGUGAAAGAAAAGGGGAAUGCGGAGGAAGAGAAAGGUGUUAAACUAAGUGGCAAAUACCAAAGCAAACUUCAUGAGAAGCUUGCUUUUUUAGAAGGAAAGGUUAAGAGAAUUGCAUCGGAUAUCAAACGGACAAAGGAUAUGUUAGAUAUGAACAACCCUGAUGGAUCCAAGGUGAUAAUUUCAGAUAUCCAAGACAAGAUUUCAGGGAUCGAGAAAGCUAUGGUUCAUGUGAUAACUGAUGACAGUUCCAGUUUAAUUGCGUCCAAGGCUGUUGAAAGUUUGAACUCCAAAUGUUUGGAGCAUAGUGAGAUUGUGCAAGUGGGACAGCUGAAAAAUUCAGUCAAGCGCUUGAAUCAUGAGGACAUAGAAGCAAGACUGUUUCCUCACCAUAAACUACUUAAAGGCCAGACAUCAUGGAGCACAUCAUCAGCAAGUGGUCAAAGUGAUCGACCACAUCUUCCUGAAGUUACAGGUGAUUCAAAGCUGGAAAAUGUGCCGUUGAGCCCGAUUGAUGAUAAUCCUAUGAUUCCUAUCGCAUUGGAGUUCUUGGCUUCCCUGCAUAAAGGAAAACCUAAAGAAAUUACUCAAAAUGAUUACGUUGUAGAGUAUUAUGAAGUUCAUGAAAUGGAUGGUGCUGAAACUUCAGCAUCACAAGAUAAAUCAAAAGCUGUUGGUAGUCGAAAUCGUGAUGAAGAUGCCACUCUCAUUGCUGAUGAAGUGAUCGAGGACAUAGAAAAUCAGGAAAACAAACCAACAAUGGCCCUCGUAGAAGAGAUCGAAGAUAUGCGUGUGGAUCAGCUGCAUGAAAUAGGUCGCAAGGCCUCAACGGGUGGAUGGUUUGUCUCAGAGGGCGAAUCAGUUCUUCUUGCUCACGAAGAUGGUUCCUGCUCCUUUUAUGAUAUCACCAACUCUGAGGAGAAGGCUGAAUACAACCCCCCAGCAGGACUCUCGCCUAACUUGUGGGGAGAUUGUUGGUUAAUCCGUGCUGCUGGUGCAGAUGGUUGCUCAGGAAGAUAUGUUGUUGCAGCUUCAUCUGGAAAUGCUUUGGAAUCAGGUUUUUGCUCUUGGGACUUUUACACUAGAGAUGUUCGAGCUUUUCAUCUUGAGGAUGCAACAGUAAAAUCUUCGAGAACAGUACUUGGUCCUCUACCCAGUAUUGGUUUAUUUAGAAGAAGUGCAUCAUCUACAAUAAUGGUCCCCGAAAACCGACAAUGGUGGUACAGACCCUGCGGCCCUCUUCUUGUUUCAACUGCAAGCGGUCAGAAAUCUGUUAAAGUCUAUGAUAUACGUGAUGGCGAUGAAGUAAUGAAAUGGGAAUUACAGAAACCAGUAGCAAUUAUGGAUUACUCAAGUCCUUUACAAUGGAGAGAUAGAGGAAAGGUGGUCUUAGCUGAAGCUGAAGCUGAAUCUGUUAGUCUUUGGGACGUGAAUUCACUCACUCCACAGGCAUUACUUUCUGUUUCUUCUAAUGGACGUCAGAUUUCUGCUCUUCAUGUACAUAACACUGAUGCUGAGUUGGGUGGAGGAGUACGCCGAAGGGUUAGUUCUGUAGAAGGAAAUGACGGUGUAUUUUGCACGCAAGACUCCAUUUGCGUCUUAGACUUCCGUGUCCCUUCAGGUGUGGGUCUCAAGGUAUCGAAACAUGGAUUGAAUGUACAAUCAAUCUCCUCUCGUGGGGAUUCUAUUUUUCUUGGAUGCACUGAUGGGCAAUUAUCAACAGUAAGUGGAAAAGCCCAUUCACGCAUUCAGCAAUACUCUCUGAGAAAGGGAACACUUCUCAGCACCUAUGCAUUACCAGAAUCAAACGCUCACUUCCAUUACACUGCAAUAUCUCAAGUAUGGGGUAAUACAAAUGUCGUAAUGGGUGUCUGUGGACUUGGUCUUUUUGUAUUUGAUACAUUGCAGCAAGAAGAAGGAGAAUCUUCUUCAUUGGCGGUUGAUUAUAUGAAGACUCAACAGACUAGAGAUGUAAUUGGCCCAAAUGACUUGUACUCUCCUUCUUUUGAUUAUUCAUCAUCUAGGGUUCUUGUCAUAUCAAGAGAUCGACCGGCAUUUUGGAGGUACUUAUUGUAGUUUUUGCGAUUAAGUAUUCAGAUAGAUUAAGUUAUAACUGCUACUUUCUUCAAAUCAUUCCUACUGCUGUAUUGAAGUAUCCAGUAGAAGUCAUUACCUAAAUGUCUUUCUUGGGUUUUUCGUGAUAUAUAUUUGGAUGUGUUUAUUCAUUUGUUUGGUCCUCUGUAUUCUUUGUGUAAUUUUAUCUGUUGGUUUUGGCUUGC